GUUAGAACUGGGUGCAUAACCUGGUACAAUACGACGGAUCAAAUGCGACGAGGGAAAGCCAAGCUGCAAGAAAUGCGUCUCCACCGGCAGGGUAUGCGAUGGCUACGAGACGAUGAUCCGCAUGGUCAACAUGGAUGGCGUAGGAGCGCGAGCGGGCUCCUCAUCACUCGCCAUUCGACCACUGUCCAUUCGACCACUGUCCACUAGCAUCGACGGCACAGAGGCCGAGCGGCGCUUCUUCUUCAACUGCAGGCGAGCCACCGAAGGCGGCGUGGCGCUACAUGUCUGCAACGUAUCGUCCUUCUGGACGCGGCUGGCGCCCCAGCUCAGCCACCACGACGAGGCGGUCAAGCAUGCCCUCGUGGCCCUCGGCGCCGCCCACCAGCUGUAUAGAGUCACGGUCCAUGAGCGGUCUAACCCGACGACGGGCAGGGGGACCUUCUUGGCCGACCGCCUAGACGUCUUUGUGAUCCAGCAGUACAACAAGGCCAUCGCCAUCCUAUGCCGGCGUCUCGCGGAGCGGCCAGGCGAGCGGAGCGGCGAGAGCACCACCCUGACGCUCGUGUGCUGCCUCGCCUUCAUCUGCCUCGAGAGCCUGCGUGCAAACUACCGUGCUGCCAUUACCCAUCUCCAGAAUGGCCUGCGCGUAAUCGAGUCGUCGGUCGACCUGAGGCGCCUGCGCACCCGCACUCGUUCUUCAGCCCCUGUGGCCAAGAGCGCGGACGUCUCGGACGCCGAUUUGCGGGACAUCGUGAUCCAGUUCCGCAACACGGAGGUCUGCAUCCACUGCUUCUCGGCCGACGUCCCGAUGACGCUGGGCAGUAGAUUCUACCGCCUCGCUCGAUCCAGCCGCGGAGAAACAACAGCGGCGACCCUCACAACCUCCAGCCUCCAGCAGUGCCACGAAGCGAGAAUUGAGCUCGCCAGCGACAUCAUGUCCCGCGACUGGGAACUGCGCCACCGCAAAGGCGACGCCCACUUCUGGUCCUCCCCCGAGCUGCAGUCCGAGCUCGCCACCCUCCGCCAGCGCGGCCUGGCCAUCUCUCGAUCAGUCGAGGCCUUUCUCGCGGGCCCCGACGCCCCGGCCCGCGGGACCUGGGACUACUACAGCUCCUGCAUGGACAUGCUCCACGUGACGAGCGUCCGCGCCGUGGUCGAGCUGAUGCCCUUCGCGCAGGACUCGCACGAGCCCAUCGCGCACGCUCCCCGGUUUCAGGACGAGUUCAUCACGCCCAUGGCCGAGUACGGCGCCGCCAUGCACGAGGUGUGCGCGGGCCGGCCGGGGGAUCCGCCGCCUGACUUCUCGCUCGAGACGGCCAUCAUUGGGCCCAUGUACUGGACGUACGUGUACAGCACGGUUCCUAGUGUUAGGGCGACGGUGCUGCGGAUCUUGAGGGAGACGAGGCAUAGGGAGGGGCCGUGGGAUGCGGCGACUACGUUGCAGCUGCUGGGGGCGGGGCUGGAGGAGGAGGAGUUGGGGGAGGAGGGAUCGCGAGCUCUGCGGAAAUGGGGAGGGGAGGCGGAUUGCUAUGAGCCAUUGUCCGGUCAGGGGAGGGUAGACUGAUUCUUUGUAGCGCACAGCAAAGAGGUAGGUAGACGCUUGGGUCUUCUACUUGAUGGAACGCGAGACGACCAUCAUAUAGCGCCGUCAUGAGUUGCCGUUCGUCCCUGGCCGAUGUCGUAUCGCUGGAGUCGUCACCUGUACUGGUUCGGGUGAACCAAGACGAAGAGAUGGUGGCCAUGAUAUCCUUAGCCUAAAGCGGAGGAGCCCUGUCAAGAACUGUGUUGCUGCGGAAGAGUCGACCCUCGAAUGUCGAUGGUAGGAGUAAUGGUCGAGUUGCGCAAUACACAAUAUAUAUACUGAAUUCUAUCCGGAACUUGGGUUCAA